CCGCAGCAGUGCCACCGAGACGACGAAGCAGUAGGAUCUGGGGAUCUCCCUCCUCCGCGCCCGCGGCACCACACCAAAUCCACUCGCCCCGAAAUUUUGUUGGGGUUUGGAGGAGAAGAAAUCCUGGCGCCCAGGCCCACGGAUCCAUAGAGUCCGUUCGCGGGGGCACCAUGAGCAUGAGCUCGGCGCAAGAUCCAUUCUACAUCGUCCGGGAGGAGAUCCAGGACUCGAUUGAUAAACUGCAAAGUACCUUCCACCGCUGGGAGCAAACUGCUUCCAACACAGGAGAAUAUGUUCAUCUGACAAAGGAGCUUCUUACCAGUUGUGAAAGCAUUGAGUGGCAGGUAGAUGAGCUGGAAAAGACAAUCACAGUUGCAUCACGAGAUCCAGCAUACUAUGGACUUGAUGAAGUCGAGCUUUCUAGACGAAGAAACUGGACUGGUUCUGCCCGUAAUCAGGUUGGUACAGUCAGGAGAGCUGUUGAGAAGGGGAAUAGCAAUUCAGCAACUUCAAAAUACCAGGACACAAGCAGGACUAACCUCUAUUCUGCCCAAGACAAUGAUGACUUUAUUUCUUCAGAAUCAGAUAGACAGCAGCUACUCAUGAGGCAGCAGGAUGAAGAACUUGAUGAGCUCAGUGCGAGUGUCCAAAGGAUUGGUGGUGUAGGGCUAACCAUACACGAAGAGCUGUCUGGACAGGAAAGGAUCUUAAACGACCUAAGCUUGGAGAUGGAGACCACUUCCAACCGACUUGAUUUCGUGCAGAAAAGAGUGGCCAUGGUGAUGAAGAAGGCUGGCAUCAAGGGGCAGAUUAUGUUGAUUGCGUUCCUGGUUGUUCUAUUCAUUAUUCUCUUCGUUUUGGUGUUCUUGACAUAGCCACAAGGGCACCAGAGGCAUCAGUUUCUCCCAUUUGUGGUAUCUGCUUUCUGUAAUGUGUGGUGAAACCUCAAUAUACGAGCUACGCAUCCUUUAUGAAUCAGGAUUUUUCUUGCAA